AUGUCACUGGCAAAAGACCAAUGUCAUUGGAAAAAAGUUAAGAAAGAUGGGCUUGAUGGCAUAAGUGAUUGGUAUAUAUGCCAAAUCAAGGAAUGGGAAAAAAAUGAAAAGGUGUUUGCUUUCAUCGGAUCAAAGAAAUCAGGAAACUUUUUAAUCGAGGCUCUUACUCCACGCAACUCUAACAAAGAUCCCGAAAUCAAAUUCAAGAAUUUAAGAUUGAAUUCGACUUUAAAGAAGCCUAAAUUUAGGAAGUUGGAUGCAUUUCUUUUAAUUGUUAAAUCAAGACUUAAGAAUGAGAGGGCAAUUGCCAAGAAAAUUUUAGAAAAGCAUAGAAAGCCGGUCAUUUUCAUUAUUGCACACACUGAUGAAGGCAAAGAUAAGGAUAGAAAAGAAAGUGUUAAAGAUUUGGUAAAGGAUGAGUCAGAUAUUUACGUAAUUGACAAAGAGGAUAAAUCCAAAUACGACUUUAACCGUCUGCUUGGAGAUAUCGAGUCGAAGUUGUUGAAACGUCGAAAAGAUUUGUUUCUGCAAUGUUUGAAUCAGGCCGUUUUCUUAAACACCAGGAAAAAUAAGGAACGCUUUAAACAAGCUCAGAAACACAGUGUUGAUACGAUUCUGGAAUUUUACAGCAAGAAUUUAAUUUCAUUGUGGAUAGACACAGAGAUAAAUUUUGCUGUAACAGGAAAUUCUGGAACAGGAAAAUCAUCUUUCAUCAACGCUGUGAGAGGUAUCAAAGCUAGUGAAAAAAAAGCAGCAGCACCAGUUGGUAUUAUAGAAAUGAGGAAGAAACCCACUGAGUAUUCACACCCAAAUCAUAAAAACAUCAUUUUCUGGGAUCUACCAGGCAUUGGAACACCUACAUACCCCAAUCUUAAAGAAUAUUGUACAAAAGUUGGUGGUCUAGAGAAGUACGAUGCAUUUCUCAUUUUUUGCAAAUCGCGAUUCACUCAACAUGAUAAAGAGCUGGCUGAGAAUGUUUCAAAAGAGCUCGACAAGCCUUUCUUUUUCAUUCGUACCAACGUUGACACCGAACUAAAAAAUGCGAAGGAUGACGAAGGACCAAAGUUUGAUGAAGCAUCUGUCAUGAAACGUAUGAGGAAAAAUUGUUUGAAAAACCUGGAAGGUUUGAUUCACCAUGAGAAAGACGUCUUCUUGAUUGACAAUAAGGUUACAGAGAAAUAUGAUUUUCAACGUUUGAAGGAAUCGAUUGCUAAAUCGUUACCUGAGGAAAAACAAGAGAGUUUUGUUGCUUCCUUGGACAAAUCUACACAUGCUAUAAUAAGAAUUAAGGCGAACUUUUUGAGAGCUCAAGUACAAUUGGUGAUUGUUUUGUUCGUAAUUGCUGAAUCUAAUCCUGAAGUUUUGUGGAACUGAUAUCGAUGGAAGUCAUUCGAUAUCAUCACGUAUUUGGUUUGUAUGAUCAGCUGAAAAAAUCCCUGAUGACAUCUGAAGAAAUCGAUGAAUUGUGUCACAAAGAAGAAGAGCAUGAGAAAAAAAUACGAAGAAAAAUCGAUGAAAAGAUUCAGAAAAAAAUCGGAAGAAAUCAAAGAAGAGCUUUGAAAGAUAAGUCAGUAGAAGAAUCACCAGCCAAAGUCAAUUGGGCGUAUGAUUAUCUUUUGAAUUGCAUCAAAAGUUUAGAAAUAGAAGCUUUGAAGCCUUACGAUGCGGCAAACAAAGAGGGAGAAAAUUCACAAACAUGAAAAAAAAACUUAACAGUCAAAAUUAUAUAAACAUCACAAAAUAUUUCUUAAUCGAAAGCACUUUAUGCGUAGUAAAUAACACAUAUUAUUCUGAAGUUCAUGUACCUAAUAUCACGUUUCUCGAGACUCGCGCGUGUGAUUUCUCUAUUUUAACUAAACAUGCCACUUAGCAAACACUCUUUUAAUUUCUUGAAAAUCAGCAAAAUGAUUUCUUUUAAAUAUAAAUGUAAACCAAAAAACUUUUUUUAAAUUCUGCAUUUCUCCUUCAUGGAUAGAAUCCAACCUUGUAAGUUGUUGGUUAUUUAAUAAAUAAUAAAAUUUAACAUCAUAA